GCCAACGACGCCAGGCCCGACACGGAGACGCUGCAGGUGCUGCAGGACACGGCCCACCGCCUGCGAAUCCAUUCCAUCAGGGCCACGUGCUCCUCCAGCUCCGGGCACCCCACGUCGUGUUGCAGCGCCGCCGAGAUCAUGUCGGUGCUCUUCUUCCACGCCAUGAGGUAUAAACGGACCGAACCGGAGCACCGGGACAACGACCGGUUUGUCCUCUCCAAGCGACUCUCGUUCGUUGACGUGGCCACAGGGUCCCUCGGGCAAGGACUUGGUGCUGCCUGUGGAAUGGCGUACACCGGCAAGUACUUCGACAAGGCCAGCUACCGGGUGUUCUGCCUGAUGGGAGACGGGGAGUCCUCGGAAGGCUCUGUCUGGGAGGCUUUGGCCUUUGCUUCCCACUACAGUUUGGACAAUCUGGUGGCCAUCUUCGACGUGAACCGCUUGGGACAAAGUGGCACUGCCCCCCUUGAGCACUGCACAGACAUCUACCAGAAUCGCUGUGAAGCCUUUGGGUGGAAUACUUACCUCGUGGAUGGUCAUGAUGUGGAGGCCUUGUGCCAAGCAUUUUGGCAAGCAGCUCAAGUGAAGAACAAACCUACUGCUGUCAUCGCCAAGACCUUCAAGGGUCGAGGUAUUCCAAACAUUGAGGAUGCAGAAAAUUGGCAUGGAAAGCCAAUGCCAAAGGAGAGAGCAGAUGCAAUUAUCAAAUUAAUUGAGAGUCAGAUACAGACCAACAAAAAUCUCAUGCCAAAGUCCCCGGUGGAAGAUUCACCUCAGAUCAGCAUCUCGAGUAUAAAAAUGACCUCUCCACCUACUUACAAAGGUGGUGACAAGAUAGCUACUCGGAAAGCAUGUGGUUUGGCUCUGGCUAAACUAGGCCAUGCACAUGAAAGAGUUGUUGUUCUGGAUGGUGACACAAAGAACUCCACCUUUUCUGAAUUAUUCAAGAAAGAACACCCUGAGCGUUUCAUAGAGUGUUUUAUUGCUGAGCAAAACAUGGUUAGUGUGGCACUGGGCUGUGCCACACGUGGUCGAACCAUUGCCUUUGCUUGUACCUUUGCUGCCUUUUUGACCCGGGCAUUUGAUCAGAUCCGAAUGGGAGCCAUUUCCCAAACCAAUAUCAACCUCAUUGGUUCCCACUGUGGGGUAUCCAUUGGUGAAGAUGGACCCUCUCAGAUGGCCCUAGAAGACCUGGCCAUGUUCCGAAGCAUUCCCAAUUGCACCAUUUUCUAUCCAAGUGAUGCUGUUUCAACAGAGCAUGCAGUUUAUCUGGCUGCCAAUACCAAGGGAAUGUGCUUCAUUCGAACCAGCCGACCAGAAACUGCAAUUAUUUAUACUGCACAAGAAAAUUUUGAGAUUGGACAGGCCAAGGUAGUCCGCCACAGUGUCAAUGACAAGGUCACAGUUAUUGGAUCUGGCAUCACUCUACAUGAGGCCUUGGCAGCUGCUGAUGAUCUUUCUCAACAAGGUAUUUCUAUCCGUGUCAUUGACCCAUUUACUAUUAAACCCCUGGAUACGGCUACCAUUAUUUCCAGUGCAAAAGCCACAGGUGGCCGGGUUAUCACAGUGGAGGAUCACUACAGAGAAGGUGGUAUUGGAGAAGCAGUAUGUGCAGCUGUCUCCAGGGAGCCUGACAUCCUGGUUCAUCAGCUGGCAGUGACAGAAGUGCCUCGAAGCGGGAAACCUAGUGAAUUGCUAGAUAUGUUUGGAAUCAGUGCCAAACACAUCAUAGAGGCUGUGAAAUACACUUUAAUGAACUAA